AUGCUUGCAUCCUUUCUACGUGAUUGCAACUUGUGUGAAUGAAAAUCCUUCUGAUUGGGGCUUUUGUAUUUUACUGAUUGCUGCUGUGCAUGUUGGUUCCAGACACAUGACUCAGGGCAUGGACAUGUCUGGUGUUUUCUUGGAGAUGGUGAAGGCUGGUGCCACUGCAGAUGUGGUUCAAAAGAAGCUGGUUUAUCUGUACAUGUGCACAUACGCACCCCUGAAGCCGGACCUGGCUCUCCUGGCCAUCAACACCCUGUGCAAAGACUGCUCGGACGCCAACCCCAUGGUGCGAGGCCUGGCCCUGCGGGGCCUGUGUAGUCUCAGGGUGCCCGGAGUACAGGAAUAUACCCAGCAGCCUAUUCUCAACGGUCUGAGGGAUAAGGCUUCCUAUGUCCGUAGGGUGGCAGUCCUUGGUUGUGCCAAGAUGCACAAUCUACACGGAGACUCUGAAGUCGAUGGUGCCCUGGUAAAUGAGUUAUACAGUUUGCUGCGUGACCAGGACCCUAUUGUAGUUGUGAACUGCCUGAGGUCUCUAGAAGAAAUCCUAAAACAGGAAGGCGGUGUUGUCAUUAACAAGCCCAUUGCUCACCAUCUCCUAAAUAGAAUGUCAAAACUAGACCAGUGGGGUCAGGCUGAGGUGUUGAACUUCCUGCUUCGCUACCAGCCUCGCAGUGAGGAGGAACUCUUCGACAUUCUCAAUCUGUUGGACAGCUUUCUCAAAAGUAGCAGUCCCGGGGUGGUGAUGGGAGCCACCAAACUCUUUCUGAUCUUAGCAAAAAAGUUCCCCCAUGUACAAAGUGACGUGCUGGUGCGAGUCAAGGGGCCUUUGCUUGCUGCCUGUUCUUCGGAGAGCCGGGAACUCUGCUUCGCUGCCCUCUGUCACGUGCGUCAGAUCUUACGCAGUUUGCCAAGUCACUUCAGCAGCCACUACAAGAAGUUCUUUUGCUCCUACUCGGAGCCCCAUUAUAUCAAGCUCCAGAAGGUGGAGGUGCUGUGCGAGCUGGUGAAUGACGAGAAUGUGCAGCAGGUGCUGGAAGAGCUUCGAGGGUACUGCACCGACGUGUCCGCUGACUUUGCUCAGGCUGCCAUCUUUGCAAUAGGUGGCAUUGCCAGGACUUACACAGAUCAGUGUGUGCAGAUUCUAACAGAGUUGCUGGGGCUUCGCCAAGAGCAUGUUACCACGGAGGCAGAGGGCAAGCAGGCGCUUAUUUGGUUACUUGGUGUCCACGGGGAGAGAAUUCCCAACGCUCCGUAUGUGUUAGAGGACUUCUUAGAAAACGUGAGGUCGGAGACGUUUCCUGCCGUGAAGAUGGAGCUCCUUACUGCCCUGCUGCGCCUUUUUCUCUCCCGCCCUGCCGAGUGCCAGGACAUGCUGGGCCGCCUGCUACACCACUGCAUAGAGGAAGAAAAGGAUAUGGCUGUUCGAGACCGAGGGCUAUUCUAUUACCGCCUCCUGUUAGUUGGCAUUGAUGAAGUUAAGCGGAUCCUGUGUAGUCCAAAAUCUGACCCAUCUCUUGGACUUUUGGAGGAUCAGGCAGAAAGACCUGUGAAUAGCUGGGCUCCAGACUUCAACACCCUAGUCCCAGUGUAUGGCAAAGCCCACUGGGCAACCAUCCCUAAAUGUCAGAGGACAGAGCAUCGUGGCCCAGAGCUUCCUCCCAGGACAUCCUCUGCCACAUCAGGACACCUGACACCUGGGGAGAGCAAGGAGACACUACAAGAACUUCCUGAUUCUGAUGCUUUGGUACUGGUCCCCAAUCACCAGCUUACUGCUGAACAUUUUGAGAAGACUUGGCUUAGCUGCGAAGUAACUCAUCAGCAGGCGCUGCCUUGGCGGGGAGCGAUCCAUCCAGACGCUCUGCAGACGGCCCUGCAAGUGGUGAACAUUGAGACCAUCGCAGUGAGCAGGCCUGGGGCUCAGCCGUGGAAAGCCUACCUCAGUGCUCAGGAUGACAGCGGCUGUCUGUUCCUAACAGAACUGCUGUUGGAGCCUGAGAACUCAGAAAUGCAGAUCUCGGUGAAGCAAAGCCAGGAAAAGAUGAGCUCACUGAGCAGUUUUAUUUCUGUAUUAGAAACUGUGAUUGGAACAGUUGGGGACAUUAAAUCGUAACGGAUUCUUGCUCCUUUCCCUAAGCAGAUGGACAGCUAUCAGAAUUUCUUAGGUUUUCCUCAUUAGAUCUGCUUAUAAGUGCAGGUGAUAUUAGAUGCAAAGGAGAGUGGGAAAUUUAGGAAUGUGGACCCUUUUUUAAAGUUUUUGUCCAAAGACCUGCUUACCUCCUUCUGCCUAAUGGUAAUGAUAAACCCCAUUUACAGUAAUGGUAUUGUAGAGAUGAUGUUGGUUAAGAGUUGGGGAUGAGGUGGGGAUAGGAUUGGGAUCUUUUUCAAAUCAGUUUUGAAGGCUAGGUUACUUAUUAAAUAUGCCUGACAUCUGUGGAA